GGAUGACACAUAUAUAUAUAUUUUUCUCGUCUCGCGAAAAUAUUCAAAUUCGCGCGAUUUUCUAGCACACCCUGUAUAGCCGGAUGUAUAUAUGUUAUUGUUGUUCGCGCGCACGGGCAUUAAUUUUUCCGGUUAUUAAGCGCUUAUUGCGCUUUAAAUGCGACGAUCGCGCUCGAUGAUAUAUAUUUCGGGAGUGAUUUUUCCAAGUUUCAAAAUUGACCGUCGACGCGUGUCAUCGUGUCACGGCUAGUCAAUUAAUCGGAUGUGACUGGAUGAUGUCGGUCGGAUCCAAAUCCGGCGACUUGGAUAUGCAAUCCUAUAAUGGCGAUGUGAUGGGCGCGCGUCGAUUUUCCUGAGUCACGAUUCGAAAUUUCCGUCAAUUCACCGCGAAUCCUUGGCGAGUUUUAGGUCGCACCUUAUUGAUUCACCUGCCGAUCGUUCCAGAUGACGAUGCUCGGAGCUCGCUGAAUUGUCAUCGAGUCUAUAUAGGACAUAGGACGUACAGGUGAGAAAGGCAUGAACACAUUGUGGCAACCUUGGCAACCUCUUCAGACAGAACCGACAGCUCCUGCUAUAAUGAAAAGUCUAGACAGCAGUUUGGAUGAUUUUGACAAGUUGUCGGAAUUUAAUCCCAAGUUAUAUAUAAUGGAGAAGAACGCCCUGAUGGACUCUUGUAUGAAAUGUCACAACAAUACAAGCGACAAGAGUUUCUUGUUAUUGGAUGGACAGGAGAAUCUGCAAGUCUCCGAUGCUGAAGAGUUUCUGAAAAAAUUAAAUUGUGUUAAAGAGGACACUAAAGUAAAAGUGGUUUCGAUAUUUGGAAAUACAGGCGAUGGGAAGAGUCAUACUAUGAAUCAAGUAUUUUUCAAGGGUGAGGAGAUUUUUCGAACGUCAAAUGAACAAGAUUGUUGCACCUUAGGAGUUUGGGCUGCGUUUGAUCCAAUUCUGAAUAUCAUUUGCUUGGAUACAGAAGGUUUACAAGGUGUUACAAAUUGUGAAACCAAGCAUACAAGGAUGUUACUCAAAGUACUUGCAGUAUCUGACAUUGUAAUUUAUGAAAUCUACUCAGAAAGACUGAAUAGAGACUUAUUUACAUUUCUGGGUGCUGCAUCUCGUGCUUACAGUCAUUAUUUCAAAGCUGCUUUACAAGCGAUAGGGCAGCAAGAAGGAGUCUCCAACUCGUUGAGCACACUUGGACCGAAUAUUAUAGUGCUGCACGAAACUAGGCACACCAUACCUUUGACCAACAAUGGAUCGGAAAGUGCGGAAGACAUCUUGAGAGCUAGAUUUGCACAAAUGAGCCUUGAAAUCGAUGCCUUUAACUCUAUCAAAUAUGUUGGUUUGCAAGUGGUAAAUGAUGUAACGGAUUACGAACAACUGCGAUCCGCGAUCGAAACAGAAUUGAAUAAUACGACAGUCCGUUCAGCCAGAAAACCGCAUCUAGUGUAUAACACGCUUAAGAGUUUGAACGAUCAAUUCUCCAACGAGACAGAAAAUUUGUCCAACACUCUAUUCCCACAUCAGUACUUCACAUGUCCUAUUAAGUGUCUGAGUUGUGAUAGUGGAUGUAACAAUAGUAUGGGACAUCUUCGUGAAGGAAAAUCACACAGUAGUAAUGUUAGGUGUAAAUUCCAGUGUCAGUAUGAAAACUCGAUAUACAUAUGCAAAAGAUGUUAUAGAAAUGGAAAUGAAAUCGAAGUGACUAGACAGUAUCAAGAGGAAGAUCAAUAUAGCUGGUAUAGCUUUGCGAAAAAUGCUUGGUCAGGCUACAUUAUAAAUUGUCCACAUUGCGGAGAAAUAUACAGAAGCAGACAAUACUGGUAUGGCAAUAAUCCAGAAGAUGUUGCUAUACGCAAGAAGAUCACACAUGUAUGGAAUACGCCAAAUCGUUCUAUAGCAUCUCAAAAUACGGCGCAACGGGUUAUCGAUAGCGUUUCGUACAUCACUGAAGCGGUGGCGAACGUCUCUCUGCAGCCUACGAAAGCGUUAAAAGCCUGGGCCGCGGAUCAAGUGGCACCGACUUAUUGGCGAUCCAACAGCGAGAUAAAACAUUGCUAUCAGUGCAAAGUCCUGUUCAACCCGACAGAUGACAAGCACCAUUGUCGCGAUUGCGGAGAGGGUUUCUGCGCGCAGUGUUCGUCAAAAACGAAAUGCGUGCCCCACAGAAAUUGGUACACGCCUGUUCGAGUCUGCGACUCGUGCUUUGAAAAGGAAACUAAUUGUUCCAGCGACGAUUCCCUCGAAACUAUCGAAGACGUCGGCGUGCGAAAAGUGACGGAACACGUGGUGUCGACGUUCAACGCCGUCGGAAGUGUCUUGAGUUACUCUAAAUCGUUCAUAAAAGAUUCCGUUCGACCGUCUUAUUGGACACCUGAUUCGGAGGUUGUCUGCUGUUGCGUAUGCGAGCGAAAAUUUUCCGAUACGCUUCCUUUACAUCACUGCAGAGCUUGCGGACGCGGGGUUUGUCAAGAAUGUUCGCAACAUCGUAAACCAGUGCCUCAUAGAGGCUGGGAAAACCCCGUUAGAGUUUGCAAUGCCUGCGUUUGAAAUUGACUGAAAGUAGUAUUCUCAGAUGAUAGGAUCCUAAGGUAUAGAUCUCAGAGGAAUCCUAGAGGUUUGCAAAAUGAAAUAAAUGCUUAUCUCUUACACACAAUCGUUUUUGUAAGAUAUACAAAAGCUAUGUAUUGAUUUAAUUGUGAUAGAAUAUAUUUUUUAGAUUUACUUGCUUGAAGAUCAGCCAUACAUUUGUGGACAGAAUUUUUAACGUACGAUAAAAAUUUUAAUUUUUUAAAACAUGAACAUUUUUUCA